AUGGAGAGACUGCAACGGGCAUACGCGAAGAAGUUCCAGCUGGAGUACCCCGGGCGGCUGGAUGGACUCGAUUUGAGCCUCCUUUUGCAUACGCCGCUGUUCCAGCUGAUGCCGAAAAGGAACGUCCACAUUGAUAUGAUCGAUCUGGAGAGAGAAAGGCAGAAAUUAUCAGUGGACAUGGAAAAUGAAAGAAAUAUAAAAAAUAAAGAAAAGGUGCACAUACUAAGUACGUACUAUAGCGACAAAGAACAGUUGGUUUACUCCACACUGGCUUCAUUUAUUGAAUCAAAAGAAUAUUCUUUUGAGGGGUAUGUCAUGUCCACCUUUGCUAUUAAGGUAAACCCUUCUUAUUACUCUGCGUGGAUCUAUAGGAGGAAGUGUCUGCGCAAACUGAAUUUGAACUUGCAAAAUGAAUUGCUCUUUACAAGGUGUGUUAUAUGCGAUAAUAUAAAGAGUUUCCAGAGUUGGUUUCACCGGAGGUGGGUUGUGGAGUAUAUUUGGAAAUUGUCAAGGAGGGGUACGGGGCGGGAGGAGCGCGUAAGUAGCCGUUCCGGGGGGCACAAAGUUGACUGGGACAGUUACGAUUUGGAGGACGAGGGGAACUUCAUCAGCAGCGAUGGUAGCGAUGGUGGCGAUGGUGGCGAUGGCCACCCUGCAGAAGAGCAGCCCCACGAGGAGGAGGCGGAAGAGGACAAUGAUGAUGGUGAAGAUGAAGACGCCUUUUUAAGCAAUUGUGAGGAGGCAGACUUUGAGGCCGAAAAAAAAGAUGUUGUCAUUCUGCACGAUGAUUUGCAAAAACUUAUCGAAAACUGCCAAUUUUUUAAAAACGCAUUAAGGCCAAACCAAGAGCCAAUAAACAUGGACAAAUUUUUAUACGAAGAAAUGCUUUACAGUAACUGCGAUAUAUUUUUGGACGCAAAAAAUUACAACUCCUGGGCACACAAAACAUGGCUAAUUGAUAAGUUAGGCCUUUUUAACAAUAAAUAUUUAUAUGAAGAAUAUAAUAUCAUAUCACAUGAGUUUAAUUUUAUAAAUUAUUUUUUAAAACAUGAUAUUUACAACAACUCUGUUUGGGUGUACAGAUACUUUAUAUUCAGCAAAUUGAAAUACACACGUAAGGUAUACAAAAUGGAGAGGGAAAUUGAAUUCUGCUUAAAUUAUGCCAAACAGUUCCCACACAAUGAAGCCAUUUUCAAGUACCUCUUUCGAGUCAUUUUCAUGUAUACCCAUUUGUACAAAAAAAAAAAAAAUAAUGUGACCGACAUUUUCGAAAUUCCGCUACUCCUCAAUUUGAAAGAAGAAUUGGAGAAACUGACCAAUCAGUCGAAGUAUGUCUUGAUUUUGCUCUCGGAGCUGUACUCUUUCAAUGGGCAGCGCGGUCAGGAAGUGCAGGGACGAGUACGAACGAAAACCAUCAAAAGGGCCGCCAGGCAAAUUGUGGAAAAGUACUAUGCCAAGCUAACCCUGGACUUUCAAAUAAACAAAAAGAUAACAGAGGAAGUUGCCAUCAUUCCCUCGAAGAGAAUGAAAAAUAAAGUGGCUGGAUUUGUUACCCAUCUGAUGAAGAGGAUUCAGAAGGGACCUGUAAGAGGUAUCAGUUUGAAGCUCCAAGAAGAGGAGAGAGAAAGACGCUUAGACUUUGUUCCGGAGAAAUCCCAAAUAGAUGUCAACGUCAUUUAUGUCGAGCCGGACACCGUGCGUAUGAUUAAGGCACUGGGAAUAAACAUCAGCAACAUGAAGGUGCACAAUCCCAUGAUCAACUCGAACCAGCAGAAGCAGAACAGGAUGAACACGCAUUACUAG